AUGAUUUCCCUCACAGACACUCAGAAAAUUGGAACGAAUCUCACAGGUUUUGGAGAGUUUUUCCUUUUCUUUGGAAUGAUCCUAAUUUUUGACAAAGCACUUUUGGCUAUUGGGAAUGUUUUAUUCGUGGCUGGCCUGGCUUUUGUGAUUGGUUUAGAAAGGACUUUCAGAUUCUUCUUCCAGAAACACAAAGUGAAAGCCACAGGUUUCUUUCUGAGUGGUGAACUUAUAGUUCUUAUUGGCUGGCCCUUGAUAGGAAUGGUCCUUGAAAUUUAUGUCUUCCUCUUAUUCAGGGACUUUUCCCCUGUGGUGGUUGGUUUUAUUAGAAGAGUGCUGGUCCUUGGCUAUCUCUUGAAUUUACCUGGCAUUAGCUCACUUGUAGUUAAAGUUGGAGGGACGCGGGUGGCGCUGGAAGCGUAG